CCAUCAUCUCCUCCCAACUGUGACUCCUCGCACUGGCAUCUAACCUAUCAGGCCGACCUCAGUCAGCGAGUAAACCGUCAUGCCGGAGGCACGACAGCAGGACGAGCAGGGCGGAGGCAGCAUUCUGCGGACUAUCGUGCAGAGCGUCGGCAUCUUUUUGCUUAUCCAAUUCGCUACGAAGCAAUUCCUCCCCCAGCCGCAGCAGAAUGCCGACCCCGCGAAGGGCGCCGUCGUCCCCAAUGCCAAAGUCUCUAUUCCGGCCUUCGACAGCCGCCCUCGCCAGCUGAAUGCAGAUGCGCAGUACAACCCCAUCCCGCAAAGCCUCGCGCCCAUGUGGCCGGUGGGCAGCGAGGUCGAUAUCUCCAUGUACAUUUCGCCGUCGCUCGCGAUGCCGGCGCUGAAGAGCAUGCCGAAGGAAUCACUCCUGAUUGAGGAGAAGAACUUCAAAUUUGGAGACUACAAGGAUAACAGGGAGAUACACACCGAGUUCAAGGUUCCUACCGCCGUCCAGCACAAUGCUACGCUGUUUGCGCAUUUCUACGUUGCGCAGAGCGGCAGCGUGAUCGAUCCGACUGUGCCCGGCUACGACCCUACGAAGGCGUACCAUUUCAUUCGACCGUUGACGCAGUAUCAUGGCAAGAAGAAAAUUAAAAAGACAAGGAAUCUGCUCUCAGAUAUGCCCGAGAGAGACCAGGAGACUGAGGAGGAGAAGGAGGCGCCGAAGAUCAUUGGCUCUUACUAUCACCCAAACUUCACGAUCAGCAUGAUUCCAGAUUCUGGCGUUGUCAAUUAUCCUUCGAUGCAUCCGGGACCGAGAGAGUUUUUCCAAUUGGACGCAACGGGCUCGAGGGAUGCGACUGGGCAGCAUGGAUGGUACUACCCGGUCUUGUUCACGAAUACGUUCUGGCAGCUGAAGAAGCACAUGGUCGAGCUCAACGACACCGUCAAGACACUCCCGCUUAAUGUCAAGCUCAACAACCUCGCCAAUUGGAAGUUCAAUAUCUACGCAUCAAUGGAGGCGAACAUUCGUGCGCAGUCUCAGGCUGCGGCGGCAGGGCAGGCUUCUCCGACUGGUGGUGACGGCUCUGAAAUGGAGAUGUUCAAGGAAAUCCUCAUCGACAGCAACUCAUACCUACUCGGUAUCACGGCUAUUGUCUCGGUAUUCCACAUGAUCUUCGAAAUGCUUGCUUUCAAGAACGACGUUCAGCACUGGAGGAAGAAGAAGGAUAACGUUGGUACUUCUGUUCGUACCAUUCUUGCCAACGUUUUCAUGCAAGCUGUCAUUUUUCUCUACCUUAUGGACAACAACGAGAAUACCUCUUGGAUGAUUCUGUUCGGCCAGGGUAUGGGUAUCGCUAUUGAGGCUUGGAAGAUUACCAAGUCAGUCAAUGUCCGCGUUCGGCAGACCGCACCAGGCUCUUUACUGCCCUACACAAUCGUCUUCGAAGACAAGCACGUCCUCUCCGAAACCGAAAAGAAGACUCAAGAAUACGACGAGAUCGCCUUCCGCUACCUCUACUGGGUCGCCAUCCCGCUCCUCGGCGCCUACGCCAUCUAUUCGCUCGUCUACGACACGCACAAAUCAUGGUACUCCUUCAUCAUCACCACGCUCGUCGGCUCCGUCUACGCCUACGGCUUCCUCAUGAUGGUGCCCUCGCUCUACAUCAACUACCGCCUCAAAUCUGUCGCGCACAUGCCCGGUCGCGCCAUGACGUACAAAUUCCUGAACACCUUUAUCGACGACUUGUUCGCGUUUACGAUUAAAAUGCCGACGCUGCAUCGACUUGCGACCCUAAGAGAUGAUGUCAUCUUCUUUAUUUAUCUGUACCAGACGUGGAUGUACAAGGUGGAUUAUAGUAGGGUUAAUGAGUUCGGGCAGGGUGGGGACGAGGAAGAAGAGGAGGAGAAGAAGGCGAACAAGCCGUUGACGAGUACGCCGGAUGAGGGGGAGAAGGGGCCGAAGGUGCCGGAGAAGGAUGGGGAAGCAGUGAAGGCGAGCGGGAGUUCGUCGAAGAAGGAGCAGGGGAGGAAGAGGAAGUAGACGGGUGGCUUCAAGAGUUUAGGUGGUGUGCAAUUUUUAGGCAUCGCAUAUUGCGCACACAUAGAAUGGAGAGGUAUAUAGAAAUAGCAAACUAAGUACCUCUAGUCUUGAAGUGCUUCAGCGCAC